GUAAUAGUACCAGAGACGGCUUUUUCUGAGCAACAAAAAUGUUGUCACAUUACUGGUUCUGCAGUUGGUACAGAUGCGUGGACUCCAAAUAUGGAAAACAGCCUCGUGUGCACAGUGUUUCGGCUUUAUCUGCAGGAAGGACUGGUGCAGUGGAACAAAGCCUUUGCAAAUGUCGCAUGCAAACCUGCAAAUCCACAGGUUUCUAGGCCACAAACUAUAAGGAUUACACUACUGCGUAGAGGGCGGCAAGUCGAUGUCCCUCCAUUACUCUGUCAGGAAUGCGUCACUUCCGGCGACCUACAUUGGAGCCAAUGGCAUCGCGGCAGGACAGCGGUCCAGAGGCAGGUUUAAAUGCGCCGGGGAAGCCUUGCUGCAUCGGAAAGUUUGCAGAAGUGAAUACUUCUAAUAACGUUACAAAGUAAGGAUGUCAAACGAAAGACCGUUUAAAGAACUGAGUGAGAAUUUGGAGGGAUCCCUGUGCAGGCCUCAGAGGAGUAAAUGGAAAAGGCGGCCCUCCUGCAGUGGGGGUCUAGACAUAGAAAACACUCCAAACGAGCUCAUCCAGCAGUGGUCACCUCCACACAAAAAGUUCCUGACUUCUGCAAAAGGGAAAGAAAAUGAGGAAAACGUAUUUGUUCUUGCCAGACGUCCCAGGAAAAGAAGAGAAUCAUCAGCAGGCUUGUGUUGGGACAGUCUGCCUGAUGAGCUGUUGUUGGGAAUCCUGUCUCGUCUCUCACUGCAAGAUCUCCUCCGGACGUCACAUGUCUGCAAGCGCUGGCAUCGUUUAGCGUUUGAUGAGUCUCUGUGGCACAGUGUGGACCUGGUGGGAAAGGCUCAGUUAGAUGCAGAGCUUGGGCAGGUUCUCUCAGCUGGUGCCUUGAGAUUGCGCUGUCCACACACAUGCAUCGCUCAACCCAGUUUUAAAUGUGCACAGAAACUUCGUGUCCAGCAUCUGGAUUUAUCAAACUGCACAGUGGAGACGUCUGUUCUCGAAGACAUCCUGUCUCACUGCAAACAUCUACAGAAUCUCAGUCUCGAAGGGUUGGUGCUCUCUGAAAGCAUUAUUCAUUCUCUGGCUCAAAAUACUGAAAUUGUCCGACUGAAUUUGUGUGGCUGUUCUGGCUUCUCUCCUGAUUCUCUGGCUGAGAUGCUAAAAUCUUGCACUCGAAUUGAAGAAAUGAAUGUGUCAUGGUGUGACUUCAAUAAUCUCCAUGUUCAAGCUAUUGCUAACAACGUUCCCUCCAGCAUCACUCAACUGAACAUCAGUGGUUACAGACAAAACCUCACAAUGGAAGAUGUUAAAGCUAUAGUAAAUAGAUGUCCAAACCUCACAAAUCUAGAUUUGAGUGAUAGCGUGCUUGUGACAACAGACAGUUUCCCAGUCCUGCAGCAACUUUCCUCCUUGAGACAUCUGGCACUGAGCCGCUGUUAUCAGAUCCACCCAGCUUCACUCAUUGAUUUUGAAAAGUUUCUAAAUGUGCAGACCCUGGAGGUCUUCGGGCUUAUACAGGACAGCUACCUGCCCAUUCUUUGUAAAGGUCUACCGCACAUACAGAUCAACACACAGCCUUUCUCCACUGUGGCACGUCCCACCUCGGCAUCAAGAAAGGAUCGCACACUUUGGGGAAUGCACUGCCGCCUCGUGUACAAACAUUGAUGUUUUUAAUUCAGGAUGAUUACAGGGUAAACCAAAUUGUAAAAUAGCUUUUAUAAUAGUCCAUAUCUCUCUCUCAAUUGUGCCCAUUUAGAAUUAUUUGUGAGUUUAAAAAAUAUCUUAAACAUCACUGGUAAGUCCUCGUUUUAAAUUGUUAGUUUCAAUGUUGUGAAGAUGACAAUUGUGUUGGAGGUCCUGACAAUCUUGAAUGGAGUGGCGUUCUUGUUACGUUGCAGCAAAGAUCACAAAAUAAGAGAUGAAGAGUGGACAGGCUGGUUAGUGAUAUAUUUUGAUAUAUAUAAUUUGAAAUGUUUCGUACCAAUAGCUAAUCAUGUUGAAAAUGGUGAGUUUAACUAAAUGUUUGUUACUUCAGAUGAAAACUAGAAUAAUAAUGGUAGGUUCUGUUUGUCACGCAAGAUCUGUUUUCCUGCCAUGAUCAAGUACAUUUCCAGUUUUACUAUAGAGGUUUAUCAAAGUUAGUAAUAAGAAUAAAACCAUUGUUAUUUUAUAUUGUUCCCAAAUUCUUUGGCCAUACAAAAGCAUUAAACCAGGUGCUUUUAUAGCAGAGAAAUUAAUGUGAACCUCUUCCAUUUUUCUAACCAGUUUUAAUAUUGGAAAACUUGAAUUUUGUACAACUUCGGUUGUCGCUAGACAUGUUUUUUUAAUGAAUUGUUUACAUUGUCUGAAUUGUAAAUAAAUGUAUUGUUUUAUUUAAAGCCAUCCCCAUGUGAGUUUUUCC